GGGCUUGGAACCACAGGCCUUCCAGCACCUCCUCUUUUCUGUUGCUUCCCGUUCUUCUCAAGAACCCUAAAUCGAUCGAUGAAUCGGCAAUUACGUCCAGGAGGUAAAAACGAAAUAGAGGUUCUUUUCUUUCACCUCUGGCAUGAUCGUUUCAUUGAGAUAAUUUGUUGGGGUUCUCUAGUUUGUUGAUUCGUGUUGUUCUUCGAUCAGUUUUCCUCGUGAAAUUGGGGGUUUCUUUGAUUUUAUCUAUGUCUUUGUGUGAAUCGCGGAGGUGGUGGAUUGGUAGUGGAGGAUUUUCGAAGUUGGUUGGAUCCUCGUCGGUUGCUUGCUCGAUUUUAUGGUUGAUUUUAAUCAUUAGAUAGGUUUUGGGUGUGCGGAUAUGGAGAAUUCAGUGAAUGCGAGUAUUGCUCUUCCUCCAUCUCCUUCUCCGCCGGACGAGCCCGGCAUCAACGGCGCUUGGUAUGGGAAUAUACAGUACCUUCUCAACAUCUCCGCGGUCGGGGCGUUUUGUUGCGUGGCUCUUUUCUUGUUCGUUAAGCUCAGGAGCGACCACCGCAUGCCCAGUCCUUCCGGCCUCUUUGCAAAGCUUCUCGCUGUUUGGCACACCACGAGCCAGCAGAUCGCUCGGCAUUGCGGCGCCAAUGCCGCCCAAUUCUUGUACAUCGAGGGUGGGAGCUUCGUUAUGCUGCUUGUUAUUGCAGUUUUCGCACUGGGGUUGAUUCUUCCGUUGAAUCUUUAUGGAGGUACUGUGUUGAUGGAUGAUCAGUUCUCGAAGACCACCAUUAAUCACAUCGCGAAGGGAUCCUCCCUUUUAUGGGUACACGUCUUUUAUAUGAUUUUGGUUGUUUGCGUGGUUCAUUUCGGGAUCUUGACUCUGGAGGAUCGAUUGAGCACUACACGUUUCCACGACGGGACGCCUACGGUGAACUCUGUAUCUGUCUUCACGGUCAUGAUCGAGGGAAUACCGAGGGGACUUGCUGUGGAUAGGCGACCUCUUGAAGACUACUUCUUACACAAGUAUCCUGGAAAGGUGUACAAGGUCAUUGUGCCAUUAAAUUUGUGCUCGCUGGACGACAUGAUGGCAGAGUUGGUAAAGGUUAGGAAUGACAUAUCAUGGUUGCAAGCUCGUCUUGAUUCUGCCGCAGCAUUCGAAAGAAGAGAAUAUUCCCUUGGGGAUGAUCAUGGAGAAGAUGGUGCAGAGUUCUCUCCUUCUGAAGUGCUACAUUGGCAUGACAACGACAAUUCUGCACGAUGCAAGCAGUUGUACGAGCAAUUCAUGCUGAAUAUGCGGGAGCUUUGGAAAUGGGCUGUUGUUACACUAGGUCUUACUGACGAACAGAAACUGCAAAGGUUGCAAGAGGCAGAAAGGAAGUUAGGGGUUGAAAUAGCCCUCUUCAAAGAAGGUAGGGCCGAGGGUGCUGGUAUUGCCUUCGUUAUCUUCAAAGAUAUAUACUCCACAAACAAAGCAAUCCAAGAUCUUAGAAUGGAAAAGAAGAGACCAAUUGGGAGGUUCGUUCCUGUGAUGGAAUUGCAGCUCGGGAGAAGUAGAUGGAAAGUUGAGAGAGCUCCACCAGCAUCAGAUAUAUAUUGGAACCACAUGGGUAUGAGCAAGAUUUCAUUGAAGAUCCGCAGAGUGGCAGUGAACACUUGUUUGUUGUUAUUGCUCUUAUUCUGCAGCUCUCCCCUUGCUAUAAUUAGUGCUGUGAAAAGUGCUGGGCGGAUUAUUGAUGCAGAGGCCAUGGACAAUGCUCAACGUUGGUUGGAUUGGGUGCAGGCGACAAGCUGGGCUGCAGCAGUAGUUCUUCAGUUUCUUCCAAAUGUUUUAAUAUUCGUGAGCAUGUAUAUAGUAAUACCUUCAGCACUUUGCUCACUUUCAAAGUUUGAACGGCAUUUGACUGUGUCAGGGGAGCAGCGGGCUUCCCUGCUGAAAAUGGUUUGCUUCUUUCUUGUGAAUUUGAUACUGUUGCGUGCGUUGUUGGAGUCAUCUUUGGAGAGUACUUUACUUCGGAUGGGUCGUUGUUAUCUGGAUGGUGAAGAUUGUAAGAGAAUAGAGCAGUACAUGAGUGCUUCAUUCCUUUCACGCUCUUGUUUAUCUUCCCUUGCAUUUCUUAUUACAAGCACGUUUUUGGGCAUUUCGUAUGAUUUACUGGCUCCAAUCCCUUGGAUCAAAAGGAAGCUGCAAAAGUUCAAAAAGAAUGACAUGCUUCAACUGGUUCCAGAACAGAAUGAGAACGACCUUUCAGAAAGCCCAGAAGACAUUCUGCGAAGACCCCUCAUAUCUGAAAGAGAGAAUGGUUUGUAUAGCAUCUCCAAUGGCCAUGGCCUGAAUGGCAUUGAUCUUCAAGGUCAAGACCUUUGCGUCUAUCCAAUCAGCAGAAAUCUUCAUGUACCAGAACAGGCUUUUGAUUUUGCACAGUACUAUGCGUUCAAUCUGACAAUAUUUGCCCUGACCAUGAUAUAUUCUUCGUUUGCGCCACUUGUUGUUCCAGUUGGUGCAUUCUACUUCGGAUAUAGGUAUAUUGUGGACAAGUAUAACUUUCUGUUCAUUUACAGAGUGCGUGGUUUCCCAGCAGGCAAUGAUGGAAAGCUCAUGGAUAGUGUAUUGUGCAUCAUGCGACUGUGUGUAGUUCUAUUCCUCUUGUCUAUGCUUUUAUUUUUUUCGGUUCGUGGAGACUCCGCAAGGUUGCAGGCUGUCUUCACCUGUGGAAUAUUACUCCUGUAUAAACUUGUACCUUCAAGGAAUGACGGGUUUCAACCAUUUCUGUUGGAUGGGAUGCAGACAGUUGAUACUGUUGUGGAUGGACCAACAGAUUAUGAGGUUUUCUCCCAACCAAGUUAUGAUUGGGAUGCCUACAAUAUAUGAAAAUAUUAUUAUUUUGUUUUUCA